AUGAUAAUUAAAAAUAAUCGUCAAUGGAUGUUACCAGCAAUAUUUCUUCUUAUAUCAUGUAUUGUGGUAAAUGCUCAAAUUAGACCCGUGGCUGGUUAUGAUGGAGGAAGAAAUAAAACGUCAACAAUUUCAACAACAACAUUGUUAAACCAAGAUAUUGAUAAUUUAAAUUCAGAAACUGAUGAUAGUGAUGAUUUUUCACUUUAUGAUGAUAAUGAUGAACAAGCAUCAUCUACAACAAUCUCAACACAAUUGAAACAAAAUUUAUCAUUUAAUGAUCCACAACAACUAUUACCAACUACAAAACAAAGAUCAUCAUCCGUUAAAUAUCCAUCAGGAAUGUCAUCCUCUCAAAAAAAUGAUCAAACAAUAGAUGAACAUUUUGACGAUGAAGAUGACUCGACUUAUGAUGAUUAUAACGAUCUAUCGGAUGAAAGACUAAAUUCAUCAUCGAUUCAUGAUUCAGAAAAUGGAAAAAAUGACUAUUCAGAUACCUCAUUGAAUAAUAAUAAUAUCAAACCAGAACAACAAAAUAACAACAAAUUUAAUAAUAAUAUGAAUACUCAUACGACACUUAAAUUACCAAUUGUUCAGUCUUCUGUGUGGAAAGAUUUAUUUUCAAAGCCAGGCACACUUGCUGGAAUUGUUGGUGGUGUUGUUAUUGGUCUGUUGAGUGCUAUUCUAUUGGUUAUGUUUAUUAUUUAUCGUAUGCGUAAGAAAGAUGAGGGUAGUUACGCAUUAGAAGAAGAACGUAAAUCACCAUCGCACGCUUAUACACGUGUAUCAUCAAGAGAAUUUUUUGCCUAG